CAAACGGUAAGGAAAAAUUGUUUAGCAAUUUACUAAAUCUGUUUUAUCUAGAAAAGAAUAUUGAUCUUUGCUAUUGUUGUUUUUUAGGGCGGUAAAAUUCAUGCAAGUUGCAAAAGAACUCAGAUGUUUCGUCUUCAACGAAGUCUCCCGCUUGGUGAAUGGAGAUUCAUUGAAAACUUCAAGGUUUCAGCUUCUGGUGGUAAAUAUCGCCCAACACCGCUACCUUACAAAAUAACUUUCACGAGUGACACACUGAUAGGGAAGUCAGUGUUUGAGGACGAUGAUCCUUAUCUUAAUCUUGUGAGUUAUGAAGAUAUUGGUGGACACGGUUCAGAUGCAAAUGUCCUCAUCGAUAUCAUUGGUGAAGUUUUCAAUCUUGGCGGAAUACAAAUCGUGCAAGUUCAUGGGAAAGACCGAAAGAGAGUUCACUUUCAUUUACGUGACACCAAUGGUCAUGAUGUGAGGUGUUGCUUGUGGGGGAAAUAUGCAGAACAAUUUGAACCCUUUAUUGAAGAUAACAAUGUUGAAACCCUAAUCUGCUUGAUUAGGUUUGCUAAAAUCAGCUUCUAUCAAGGUGAUAUACAAAUCACAAAUGCAUUUGAUGCUUCACUUGUAAUCCUCAACCCAACCAUGAAAGAAGCCAUCGAGUUUAGAGAAAAACUGUUGCAAGUGAAUCUUCCUCUUGCUAUUAUGGGUACAAAGAGUGACAAUCAAGUGAUUAAGCGCCAAAAAACAGAUUGGGACGAUGUUCAAUUCAGAUCAAUUGCUGAGAUAUUGGUGGCAAUUGAGGUUCAGAGUUGCAAAAUAAUAUGCUCAAUUGAAUCUGUCGAUACAGAUUGGGGUUGGUUCUACUUUGGAUAUUGUGUCUGCAAUAAACGUGUCACUAGGAUUCGUAGGAAUGAGUUGGCUCAAAACGAGAAACCAUUAUGGUAUUGCGAUAAAUGUCGCUCAAAUGUCACAAAGGUUGAACCGAAGUACAAGCUGCAUUUGAAUGUGAAAGAUGACAGUGGUUCAUGCAAAUUGAUGAUGCUUGACACUAUAGGCAGUACUAUUGUUGGUUGUGAGGCUGUUCAAAUUUGGGAUGGUUCAUACGAUGAGGCAAGUAUCUUUUACAAACGCAUAACAAUUCAUUUGUAUAAAUUUUUAUAGUAUUUCUUUAAUUUUAUUUGUAGAUUGAAGAUCCUG